AGAGUGGUGGACCCAAGAAGGCUUCAGUAAGUGCAUAUAUAAGAACAUAAGACAUCGAAGCAGAGCAGCACAGAGCUUCCAUAACAAGCCAAAGUGCAGAACAGAUUAGUAGAUCUAUAAUAGAGAAAACAAAUCUAUUUUUCUCAAAUCAAAGUCAGGAUAAGAAUGAGUUGGUGGGGAGUGAAGGGAGGAGGAUGGGGAAUGGUGGAAGAAGUUUGGAGAAAAGGUCCAUGGACCGCCGAAGAAGACCGUCUCUUGAUCGAAUACGUUCGUGUUCACGGUGAAGGUCGUUGGAACUCUGUUGCCAGACUCGCAGGAUUGAAGAGGAAUGGUAAAAGCUGCAGACUAAGGUGGGUGAAUUACCUUAGACCUGACCUCAAGAGAGGACAGAUCACUCCUCAUGAAGAAAGUAUAAUACUUAAUCUCCACGCUAAGUGGGGAAACAGGUGGUCAACAAUUGCACGUAGUUUACCGGGAAGAACAGACAAUGAGAUCAAGAACUAUUGGAGAACCCAUUUCAAGAAAAAGGCAAAGCCAGCGACUAACAAUGAGGAGAAAACUAAGAAUCGUCUCCUUAAAAGACAACAAUUCAAGCAACAGAGAGAAUUAGAGUUGCAACAAGAACAACAGUUGUUUCAGUUCGACCAACUCGAUAUGAAAAAGAUUAUCGCUUUACUCGAAGACAACAAUAGUAGUAGCAGCAGCGAUGGCGGCAGCAAUGUGUUCUAUGCUCCUCAUCAAAUAACACAUUCAUCAAAACCCUUAGGCUAUAAUAACCCUAAUUCGUUAGAAGAGCAGUUACAAGGUAGGUUUGCUCCAGUAAACAUACCUGACGCUAAUACUAUGAACGAAGACAAUGCGAUAUGGGACGGGUUUUGGAACAUGGAUGGUGUGGAUGGACAUGGUGGAAACUUGAGUGCUGUAGCUGCAACUGCUGCUUGUGGGCCAAGGAAGCCCUAUUUCCAUAACUUGGUGAUUCCAUUUUGUUAACUAUGGUCGACUUGUGGGAUUUCUUUUUUCUUUUUUUCUGUCUUAAGAUUUUGGUUGAUAACUAGUUUAUAACGCUAUGAGCCUAUUAAGUAUCUUGUGAUGAACUUUGUGUGUGUGUGUGAUGUAAAAAGGACUACUGUAAGUAUUCAUCCGGCUCUCGAACUCCGCCUUUAUUUGUUUUGCGGUGUCUCUUCUUCUUUCAUGUUGAUGUUUUUUUAUUUUUCUUCUCAGCUCCAUAAUAAAUUUUGUAUCUAGUAUUA